GGGUUCACCGCCUCCGAGGUCGAUGGAGGUCGUUGGAGAAGAGAAGCCAAUAGCGCUAAUUGGUCAAACACCAUAGGGUUCGAAGACAACUUUCGCGAUGUCCAUAAUAAUCGUAUACUUGAACUAGCUAUGAUUUAUCUCUCACCAUUGGAUUCUCCCGGGCAAGACUGCGGUCCACCCGAUGAUACGGAACAUGGCCUGGUCCCCGAUCACAGCAUGGAUGUAGAGAAAGGACAGUCCCAACGCAAUAAAGAAGUCCUAUCUAUCAUAGAAGAUAACCAAAACUUUGGGAAAGAUGGUGCGCUGCAGUUAGAUCUCGGCAGGGAGGCUGCAUUAUCGCCGUCUCUAAGGGAAGUUCUUAUAGCAAAUUUUCUCGGUGAUUCUCAUCCAAAUCCCCUACGCGUAGUCGUAUCCUUAUUAGUUCCGUAUGCAUCGCUCGUUAUGCUGAUGAACUCGGCUAUUGAAAUAUCUCGCUCACUUGAACCAGAUUUAGGCAUCCUUUCAGGACAAAGAUACCAGAUCGACAUACAACCUCUGAAUAAUAUGGCUAGUCCAAGCGUGUCGGGGAAUAAUUUACCAAAAUAUCAGAAUGGUAUUACAGGCAAUUCUACAAAGCCUAUUCAUCAAAUUUGA